AUGGCGCCCCCGGGGCUGCGGCUAGUUCUGACCGAGGACAGAGUUCGAGAGAAGAGCGGACUGGCGACGCACCAAGACCUGGCCGAACUUCGAUCAUUAUCUGUUCCUGGAACUUACCAAGAAAAGAUUACAAACCUAGGCAACUCUCUGAUGAAUUUAACAGGCCUAAAAUCUUUAGAUCUCUCACGCAACUCACUGAUUAGUCUGGAGGGCAUCCAGUACCUGACUGUGCUGGAAAGACUCAACCUCUACUACAACUGUAUUUCCUCGUUAGCGGAAGUCUUCCGGCUCCACGCACUGUUGGAGCUCACGGAAGUGGACUUCCGCCUGAACCCUGUCGUGAAGAACGAGUCUGAUUACCGCCUUUUUGUGGUGCACAUGCUCCCACACCUCCGGCAGCUUGAUGACCGCCCAGUGAGAGAGAGUGAGCGGAAAGCAUCCCGACUGCACUUCACGUCCGAGGACUCGCUGGACUCCAAGCCCAUGUUCCCAGCUGCUCUGAAAGGUGGCAGGCCUCGCCACUGCAGGGCCCAGGGCGCCGACCCCUUGUCUAAGUGCCAGGUCCUAGACGCCGACGACGAGGCUGUCCUGAACCUCAUCGCUGAGUGCGAGUGGGACCUGAGCAACCCGCCUGGGAGCACAAGCUCCAGCCAGAGAGAGCGGGAGACGGACUUCCCCAGCUCACAAGAGUCCAGGGGCGCACCAAGCCCGCCGUCGUCGUCCCAGCUCCAGAGUGGGGACUCAGCCACCCAGAAGGGCCCCGACAGGAGGAAGCGCAGCUCCCGAGGGGGGCUCUCCGAGAAGCCGCUGCAUAACCAUUGCUGCGGGGAGCAGCCGGACACCCAGCCCGCCUACCUGCCACACUUCCUCUUCCCCCCACAGCCAGACUCCACAGACCUCGAGGGCUCGCUCAGGUCUUCCCAGCAGUCCAGCGGGCCCACACUGAUGGCCGCACAGCCUUCACCCGGCCCACAGAGGUACAGGAAGCACAGGGGCCCUGGAGGCAGGUUCCAGGGGCCUCUGGACCAGGAGUGCCCAGGCUGCCUGGCGGGGGUCUGUGGACUACCGAGCUCAGAGGAGAGCCUAGCCAGGCCUUGUAGCUCAGAGAGCCCCAGCGAGAAGACUUGCUUGCCACCCGAGGUGCCCAAGGCCCAGGAGCCGCCCUGCAGCACCAGCGUUGCCCGAGAGCACGUGGCAGGCCCACCCGCGAGGACAUCGACCCUGGAGGCAGCACUCCUGGAAACCCUCCUGGACCUGGUGGACAGGCACUGGGGCGGCCGCAGGUCCCUGCAUAGCAACGAGGCCUUCCUGGCUCAGGUGAGGCACAUCCUGUCUUCUGUCCAAGCACUCACAGUGGCCCAGGACCAGGCAGUGCUGGCCAGCGAGGCAGUGGGCCACUUGGCCCAGGAGAACAAGUCCCUGCAGCAGCACCUGGAGGAGCAGCAGCAGCAGCACAGCGCCGCCCUGGGGGAGGCACGCCAAGAGCUGGAGGCUGCGCGCAGGGAGACGGAGGACCUGCAGCAGCACUUGGACAGGUCUCUGGAGGAGAAUAGCACCCUGAAGUCCCUCCUGUUCAGUUUGAAGAAGGAAGCUAAGAGCGCAGACAUGGCCUCCACCUUGAAUGUGCAGAUCACCGGACUGCAGAGCAGUGUGAAGCGGCUAUCCGGCGAGAUUGUGGAGCUGAAACAGCACCUGGAACACUAUGACAAGAUCCAGGAGCUCACCCAGAUGCUGCAGGAGAGCCACAGCUCCCUGGUCAGCACCAACGAGCACCUGCUGCAGGAGAUGGGCCACAUGCGCACGCAGCACCGCGCAGAGGUGGAGCAGAUGCACUGGAGCUACCAGGAGCUCAAGAAGACCAUGGCCCUGUUCCCCGCCCGGGGCCCCGGCCCGGGGGGCUGCUAGACCUGCCCCAGCAUUUUGCCUCUGCCUGCACCCUGGGGGCCACAUGGCGGGGCUUGUCCCUUGUGCCUUGAUCAUCCUGUGGGUUGGAAAAGUACUCAGACCCCAAAGGAAACAUUCGUUUUCAUGACCUGUCUUCAGAUGGGGGGGUGCCAGCCUCUGGGCCACUGUGGCAGUCAGAGGUGCCCCUGAGUCAGGUGCAGGCCAUGCUGGGCACCAGCAGGGUUCUGCAAAGCCAGCCAAUACGAUCAUCUUCACAGGCCCUGCCGGUGUCUCACGGAAGUCCUUCUCAAGCAAACGGGUGCCAGCGCUUAGGGACAGGAAUGAAUGCUUUGUGUGUGGGAAGCAGUGUGUGUGCAUUAUGUGUCACAGUAACUGCAUCUACACAAGGCCUGGCACUCUCCUGUGCUUGUAGGGUUUCUAGAGACGGGCGUGCAAUAGGACACACACUAGAUUUCCUGUUGCGCACUUCACAUCUUGAAUGCAUUGUUUCAUACUUGGUCUCGUUAGUAAAAGGAGGCAGCUUUUUCUGAAAGCAGUGUUUCAUUGAUGUGGGAAAUGUGAGCUGACGCAAAAAUAAAAUGCUCUGCACUGGC